AAUAAAUAAUGGAAUCGUCGAAUGUCAUUACGGAUGCAAAUGAGAUUACGGGUCACGCCCUUUGAACUCGAUCAAUUCAAUUGAAGCGUAUUGUUGAGGUUUUUCGCUGUCAAUUUUGCGAGAGUCGGAACGUAAAACGUCGAGAAAAGGUCUGUUUUUGGACGAUCCUUCGAUUAAUUUGUUGAUCUACUAGUGAAACAACGACCAGACAUGUCUACUGAUCUCCUUUCUGCUCCCAUUGCUUCGAGGGGGAUGAAGAAGCCAAAAGCAGAGAAAGAGGAUUUGGUGGCCAAGCAGCCUGUCCUGACUGAUUUCAGUACGUUCUGUACAUGGGUUCUCGACUAUGAAGCAUCUCUACACAACGGAGACAUACCCUAUGUUCCUAAAACACCGGAACGUGUGAAGAAGAGAAGUAUUAGUCCCUUAGACAGCGAGGGAAACAGCGUUGGAAGUGGAGCAGAUUCAGAUAUCAGCCCGAGAGAAAGAUAUUCCAAGAAAGGAAAAAUGUCAAAUAUACGUGAGAGAGACGAGGACUGGAACCUUAUCACAUGUUUCUGCAACAAACCCUUCGCUGGUCGUCCGAUGAUCGAAUGCAACGAGUGCAUGACGUGGGUCCACCUUUCCUGUGCCAAGAUCCGUAAAACGAACGUGCCAGAUAUCUUCAUUUGCACUCAGUGUAGAGACACUCGAAGCAGCAUCCGCAAGUCGAACCGGCAGCGGGAGCCGAAGAAACAGUUCUCAGAGCUCUACGGUCCCGGUGAAAGCUAGCAGGGCAAAAGCUCCAACUUUAUCCUGAACAUUGGCAGUUAUAAACUUUGUAAGUUUUUGUGGAGAUAGUGUAUCUGUGAGGUGGACAAGUGGCCAUUAAUGGUUGGUCACAAAAUGGUCUGCAGAACAUCUCACAGAUGCUGAGGAUCCUUCAACUUGGUUGUACAUGUAUGUAGGAGGAUCUUCAACAGUAUCAUCUCUUCAAAAAACACUUUUGCCAAGAGGUGGACAGAUGACCAUCGACACUUGGUCGCAAACCGUUUGCGGAACAGCUGCUCUCCUUGUGGGAUGAACGUGUAGGAACCUUCAACAGUUUCAUCUUGUCAAGAAACAAUGCUGCCAAGAAGUGGACAGAUUAUCAUGAAGGCUUGGUCACAACCCGAUAUUCCGCAGAACAGCUGCUCUUCUUGUGGGAUGAACGUGUAGGAACCUUCAACGGUUUCAUCUUUUCAAGAAACAAUGUUACCAAAAGGUGGACAUACUGUAGGACCAUUGAUGUUCAGUCACAGGCCGAUAUUCUGCAGAACAGCUCCUUUCCUUGUUGGAUGAACACGUAGGAACCUUUGCGUCAACAAUCUUACAAGAAACGGUGUUGCGAACUGGUGGAGAAAUUACCAUUGGUGCUUGGUAACAAAGACUGUUAUUCUGCAGAACAGCUGCUCUCCUCGUGGAAUGCACCACAAUUGCGGUGCGAAGAGAUGCAGUGUGAAACGAAACCGGGCUAAGCAUUAGCCAAUCACAGAAGUUGAAAUUGCAAGUUAAUCCCGCUCUGUGUAGCAAAAUCUUCAUUAUCCAUGAGCUGUGCGAUAGUCCAGGGUUAAGGUUAAGUAUGGGGAUAAGAAAGGCGGUGUGAAACCAAAAAAAGAAAGUAUGGGUUUAAAGAUAGUCCUGGUUUAACUUUAAGGAUAAUAUGGUGUUAAGAAAUUGCAGUGUGAAAAGCAUAUUAGCAAA